AUGAUCGAGAAGCAAGAGGAGAAAGACGGUAUGAUAGGGCCUAGCCUCUUUUCUCUACAAGCCAUCCUAUAUAUUCAUGUUUCUUCUGUAUAUUCGUCUUUUCUUCGACAGGCGGUGCUUUAUUCCUAUUGGCGGAGUUCCUGUUCCUGGAGAAUAAGAAUUAUGCUGCACCUAAAGGAGAUACCAUAUGACAUAAAACCUAUUAAUCUGAUAAGAGAUGGUACAGGAGAACAACAUUCCGAUGAAUUCCGCAAGAUUAAUCCAUUGGAAAAAGUCCCUGCACUCCAUAUUGACAAUUAUACCCUGAUAGAGUCUAUGAAUAUUCUACAGUACUUGGAGGAGACUAGACCGACUCCUCCAUUGAUGCCAACGGAUCCUAUUAAAAGAGCUAGAGUGAGAGAGAUUUGCGAAAUAAUUGUCAGUGGCAUUCAGCCGCUUCAAAAUAUCGGUCUUCUAAGUUAUCUUGGAGAGGAGCGUAAAGAGGAAUGGCCGCAGCAUUGGAUCACGAGAGGAUUUAUAGCCGUGGAGAAGUUGUUAUCGUCGAGCGCGGGCAAAUAUUGCGUCGGCGAUGAGAUAACGUUAGCAGAUUGUUGUCUGGUGCCACAGGUAUAUAAUGCACGAAAAUUUCACGUUGAUUUGAAACCUUUUCCCAUGAUUCUGAGAGUAGACCGUCAUUUGGAACACCAUCCGAAAUACAAGGGUAUGCCCACUUGGUGGUAG